GGGGUAGGAAAAUAUUUGGCUAGUAUUAGGUUAAAUCAGCGUCCUCCUAUGGCAGCGAACAAGCCUUCUGAGAUUUUGAUAAGCGUGGUCUUCGCAGAAUGCAGAGGUGGAAAAACAGAGUCCAGCUUGGAUGGCAUGACAACUACCAUGUGAUGAUCUGCAAACACAAUUACGGUCUCCAGGGCUUUGCAUGAAAUUUUGUGUUAAAGUGACACCUCUGUCUGAAGAGGGGAAGGGACCCAUCAAACGGUUUAAAAUGCAUCGACCCUGUUGCCCUCUGUUUAAUUACUUUGACAAUAUAAUCUGCCAGAAAUCAUGGGAGAGAGCCUACAGAGACCACAGGAGAAAGGUUGAAACUGCCAAAGCUACUGUGGAUUGUGGUCCUCCUGUGAUCUACAACCAUGUUCAACUCAAUUUAAAGAAAUUCAAGAAGGAUGCAGAAAGGCUUCGAUUUAUUGACAGAGAAAAUCGCUGGCUGAUGGAGAGGAUAGCUUUCAUCAUGAGGACCCAAGAUGCAUGUGACAUCUUAAAUGACUACAGACUAAGAUGGUGGGACAGGAGAGAAAGAGAACUUCGGAGAAUAGACAGAGAAAACAGAUCCUUUCAAGAAAGACUUGUAAGCUGUCUGCAUUGGUAUCAUUUUCAUAGAUGGUGGGAAGACUGGCAAUUGGAAGACAGCUUCAGUGAUACUCUCACUGAAAUUCCACAAACAUGUUGUUGCUCUCAUUUGGUGCAUGAAAUAAGACCAAGGAGGAUGACACCAAGGAAAAGGCUACUUAAGCUCAGGCAAAGAAGGGUAGAAACCUGGGACAGCGAUGUGGAAGAUGAAGCCAUUUCCGAAGAUUGCAAGAUGAAAAAAGGUUCCCUAGAUGAUAAUUUGAUGGAAGAAAAAGCCAAAAAAUUCUCAACAAAAGACGAGGAAGAACUGAUAAAUAAGGCAUUAAAAGGCCAAGAAAAGAGAAAAUAUGAAAUAAAUCAGGAAGAAAUGGAUGAGCUUGGGUCUAGGCUGUUACAGGAUGUAAAAUUAAGAGUGGCAAAGUUGGAAAUAGAAUUAGAAACAGAGAGUAGAAUGCUGCAGGAAGUAAAAACAAUGAUCCUACUGAAAGAACAAGAAGAAGCAGGGUUGCUGCGGAAGAGAGACUCAAAAUCAAGAAAGUCCCUUCUGAAAGAAAAGGAUGAUGCAAAGGAGGACGGAAAAGAAGAAGAUGGAGAAUCUAAACCGACAGAGGGCGGAGAUCCUAAAUCUGAGGAUGCAGACGCUAAAACGGAGGGCGCAGAGUCGGAGGGCGCAGUGCCUAACGUGGCAGAAGGCGGAGACUCUAAUCCGACGGAAGGCGGAGACUCGGCUGAGGGCGCAGAGUCUAAAGGGGAGGGUGGAGAGUCUGGAGAGGGCGGAGAGCCUAAACCGAUGGAGCGCACCGACCCCAAACCUAUGGAGCGCACGGAUUCUAAGUCGAUGUCUGAGCCUAAACCGAUGGAGCGCACCGAUUCUAAGUCGAUGUCAGACCCUAAACCGAUGGAGCGCACCGAUUCUAAGUCGAUGUCAGACCCUAAACCGAUGGAGCGCACCGAGUCUAAGUCGAUGUCAGAACCUAAACCGAUGGAGCGCACCGAGUCUAAGUCGAUGUCAGAACCUAAACCGAUGGAGCGCACUGAGUCUAAGUCGAUGUCAGACCCUAAACCGAUGGAGCGCACGGAGUCUAAAUUGAUGGAUCGUGGAGAAGAGAGGGAGGUACCUAAGCCAAGGGAGAGGGAGCCCAAACCCAGGGAGAGGGAGAUGAGAGAGCCCAAACCAAGGGAGAGGGAGGAAUCAGAAACAAGAAGAGUCACAUUGGUAGAACCAGGGAAAGAAGGGGAUCCGGAGCGAGAUGAAUCAUCAGUUAAGUUAUCAUCAGAAGGUGAGGAGAACGCUUCAUUAGAUCGGACGGCAUCCCAGCCACCCGAAUCUUCGCAGGACGAGCCCCAGGAUACUUCUUAAACACUCCUAUGUCCACUCCUCUCUGUGAAGCUGGAGACCAAGAGGAAAAGAAUGUGAACAGCAGCAGCGGACAGCGCUGCGUGCAGCUAUUAGAGAGUAUGAAUACGGUGGCUUUUAUAGAUGGAACAACCUCGUGAUGCUGCAAAACUAUUUUUGCCAUUUUUCUGGGUUGGUACCCAGCCCCAAAGAUGGAACAAGUUGUUCAGGAUAAUACAAGGAGCAUAAAAGACUUUGAAUGAGAUCAGUUUUUUUUUUGUUUUGUUUUGUUUUUUGCUUCCGAGCUUUACUAGUUGUUCUGUUGAGGAUUUGUUUACAAUGACUGGAUGUUCUUAUUUAUACCUUUCAAGAAAGACAAACUAGACAACAACGAAUUCCUUUCUUCAAAAACAAACAAACAAACAAAAAAAAACCCACCACUCUCAUAGAAAACACUUCACUUGGGUCCUUAUAUCUAAAUAAAUUAAAGCUAUGAAAUAUAA